AUCCUGGGCAGCUAUCUGGAUUAUUAAAUCAGGGGAUACUCUGGAGUUCAGACUUGUUCUUGACAUUCUUUUUCAGCGAAAGCUCUCUGUACUGACACGGAGCUUAGACUUUUUGCAAUUGCUGUCCCAGAUCAAUCGAACAUAAAGCUUUCGAGUUGUAUACCUCUCCCAGAAGGUCCAAUUUGAGCAUGGAUUUAGUUAAUCAUCUCGAAGGGCGCUUACUAUUCGCAAUCCCUAAAAAGGGACGUCUCCAACAAGCCGCCCUGGACCUCCUAGCGGGCUGUGACAUCCAAUUCCGUCGCGAAUCCCGCCUUGACAUUGCUCUGGUUAAAAAUCUUGACAUCGCUCUGAUUUUCCUUCCUGCGGCUGACAUUCCAACCUUUGUUGGAGAUGGAUGCGUCGACCUAGGUAUCACCGGUCGGGAUCAGGUGGGGGAACAUGACGCCCGCCUCCAACCAAGCGAACAAUCCGGCGUCAGAGAGAUUCUCGACCUUGGUUUUGGUGGCUGCAAGCUUCAGGUCCAGGUCCCAGCGAAAGGAGAGAUAAAGGCGGCUAGUGAGCUAGUAGGAAAGAAUGUGGUUACGAGCUUUACCGGCUUGACUGAAGACUAUUUCGCACGGUUGGAAGGUGCGCAAAGGAAACAAAACGGUCGAUGGGAUUUAAAGACGAAGAUUAAGUACGUCGGAGGUAGUGUGGAAGCUGCAUGCGCUCUAGGUGUGGCCGACGGAAUUGUCGAUUUAGUCGAGUCUGGUGAAACCAUGAAGGCGGCUGGCCUUCAAGCCAUCGACACAGUUGUUAACAGCACCGCCGUUCUCGUAAAAUCCCGCAAGACUUCCAAUCCUCUGGUUGAACUCAUCACCUCCAGGAUCCAGGGCGUAAUCACGGCCAAAAAGUACGUCCUAUGCCACUACAAUAUUCCCCGCAACCUUUUGUCCCAAGCAGCCAAGAUCACCCCAGGAAAGCGUGCUCCAACUGUAACAACUUUGGAAGAAGAGGGUUGGGUUGCCGUCAAUUCUAUGGUGGAGAAGAAGCUGGUGGCUACCGUGAUGGACGAAUUGACCAAAGUGGGUGCAACGGACAUAUUGGUGUUGGAUAUUGCGAACUCUCGGACCAUAUGAAUGACGCAGCGAGUCAAAUUCUUACCCUUUUCUUUCCCUCCCCCCCCCCCCGGCCCCGCCGAAUCGAAGGGAGUUUUGGUCUGCGAGAUUGGAAGUGAAGCUCCAAGUACGUUAUCGUGCAUGGAGGACAUGUCCCUUUGGAUCCGCGGAUAAAAUUUCAUAGAUACGGGGCCAAAAGAUGUUUUGACUAAGACAAGGGCCGCCUUUUUUUCCAUCUAAAUAAAUAAUUUAGGGUUAAAUA